AUGUUCUGGAUUGCCGAUCAGGCCGUAUCCGUUCGGGAAUCUGCCGAGUGGUAUCGCUUCUAUGUCGGCGAUUUGGUUUCAAGGGGAAGCGGUGAAGAUACCAGGGACGGCCUCAAGGUCAGUGACGAAGACUGCGGUGGCGGGUUGUGCCUUGCCGGCCAGGCUCUUUCGGAGCUGCAGCGGGUCGUGACUUCAGGAUCAGGGCCUGGAGGUGGACUCUCGCAAGUAGAGC